CUGUCCUGCUUGCCGUCCUCAUUGUAUCGAGACUUCAUAUGUAACCCUAACCCCGCUGAAAGCCUACUUCUUCUCGGAAUGAUCACGUGCGAGAGCUAGCUGGGAGUGUGCAAAUUCCCCAACCCCCCAAGCCCUGGGAAAGCGUCAUCGGCCAAUUCAACAAGUACCUAGAAGUUUGGCGAGCUUCGCUUUCGGGGCCCGAGCAUUUCUCCAGACCCCUUGGGAUUAUUGAGGGAUUCACUGUUGAAUGCGACAGCAAUCGAGUUAGGAGCGCAGUUGGGGGAAAUACCUACCCCAGCCCACAAGAUGGCUGCUAACCCCCCCUACAUCUCGUCCAUCUUCAGUUCCGCACCCCCCGAGCAUCAGCACCCUGUCAUCUCACAACAGCAACAAGUCCAACAACAGCAACAGCAGCAACAACAACAACAACAACAACAAGCUGCUCAGCCUCAGCAAAGUCAAGCGCGGCAGAAGCAACCACGCAAGCCCCGCCAGCCAAGGAAACAAGCUCAACAGCAACAACAGCAACAGCAGCAGGUCCAACAGCAGGUACCUCUGGUCUCAAUUGACGCUCAACGUUUUGCUCAACUCCAAGCCGAGGUUGGUCAACUUCACCAGCUUGUUCAAGGUAUCAUCCAUCGCCUCGAUGCCUACGGUGUCCCAUCCCUGCCCGGCGGACAUCAUGCACCCCUUCUUCUUCCGCAACAGCACGCCGUCCCAGUUUCCGCUGCCGGGACUUCCACCCUAGGAGGGGCCACUGCAAACGCGGCAACCAACAACACCAUCAACUUCAAUGCUCUUCUCGAUGGCGGUGGCGGUGGUGAAAGUAGCGCUACCGGCGGCGUAAGCGGCAUCGUCAACGGCGACCAUCAUCAUCAUCAUGAUGACAGCGGCGCCAACGUCGUCACCCACCACCAAGAAGACAUGGACAACGACGUGGACGACGACGACGACGAAGAAUCCCGCCAGCUCCAACUCCUCUCCGCCAACCUAGUAGGCGACCAAUCCCUCCCCUCGGUCUCCUGGGGGGUCGGGGACAACGGCGGCGGCGCCUCUUCCGGAUCAGGGACAGGUUUCGACAUGGCCUACCCGCCUCAGGGGCACAUCUUCCACAUCCAACUCUCCACCUCGGCAGGCGGAAAGAACUACGUCGGCGGCGGCCCAAAUGGCGCCUCGGUCGUGGUCAACAACUGGACGCGCCAGCACGGCUACCGCGUCAUCACGCGCCGGUCCAAGAUCAAGAACGACCGGUACCACCUGACCAUGUCCUGUGCGCUCAGUGGGAACAAGUACCGCCCCGUGCCGGGGCCGACGCAGGAGCAGAUUGAGGAGGCGAGAAGAAACGGGCAGCGGAAGCCGUAUCAGAGGAGGAUCGGGACGGAUAAGUGUAAUUGCCCUUUUAGGUUCGUGCUCAGGGAGACGGCCAAGCAUAGCUCCACGUUUGAGGUCCGUUGGACCAUGGUCGGGCAGGAUCAGCAGCCGGCGAUGCAUAAUCAUGGGCCGGAUCCGAAGGCGUUGGUCCACGCCCACCCCCAACACGACUCCGCCCUCGCCCUCGUCUACGAAGAAACCACCCGUCUCUCCGCCUCCGAACCGGGGGUGAUUUACUACUGCAUAUCCCGGGAAUCAGAAGAUUUUGAGACGGGUGGAGAUCCAAGGGUUUUCCACUGUUUCGAGAGGUACACGGUAAGAGAAGCGUUUGAGGCGCAUAAUCGGCAGCCGAUUAGUAGGAAGUUGUUGGAGGAGGAGGAUGGGUACAUAGAGAGGGUUGAGGCGGCUCGGUUUUUGCGAAGCCUCUGGCGUGAGCCCUGAAGGCAGGAAGGAAGGCGCCUCUGAGGGUGAAACGGGUAAAGGUGAGGUGAAUUCGAGUGCCUGCCUGCCUGCCUGCCUGCCUGUCUCUUCCAGUCGGCAGCCGCACCUUCCAUCUCAAUUAACCCAUUCCUCCUCCCAAUCAUUACCCGUAUGCCAUAUAAGCUCCCGUCCCAUACGUCCUUCCAACACUGCCCCCAGCCAACGACCAGUUCGAUCCUGGUCGGAUAGCGCAGACAGUAGUGCCGUCCCAGCUCUGCAUCUCCCACCCCGUCCGACUUCGAGUUCGAUUCUCGGACGGGGCAGAUCAUGAGGUUCCUUUUCAACAAAGACAAAAGGCCGACAGCGUGCCCAUCCAUGUCGUACACCGCGGGAUUUGUUUGUAUAUGCUGACCGGGCUACUGGGCUAGUUGAACCGAGCAACUUGGUUGUGCUAUCUGUUGGCAACUUUUUUUUUUUUUUUUUUUUUCUUCUUUUCCCUUAAGGUUGUUU